AUGCGCCGCAGAUCACCUAGCCACGCGUAUAACGCCGAAAUUUCCCGUUCCUCGUUUGGGCCUGCGCCUGGCCUGGGGGCGGCCGGGCAUGGGUGCUUGUGGGUCGAAACCGACAUUGCUGCUUCCUCAACCCGUCAAGCAAAUAUACAAAAUGGUUCGUACUCGCAGAGAAGACAGGAUCCGACCCCGUUUCGUUGUCUAUGCGCGCGCUCGAGAAUUUCUGCCGGAGGGGAGAAGGGAGCGAGAUGGAGAAAGUUGGGAAAAGGGGACGGCGAGCCGGCACGGAAGGAUGGGGAACGGGCCGAUGGGAGCGGUGCCGAGCGUUCUCAGCCCAGAGAGUGCGCUGGGAGCGCACGGCUAUCGCUUCUUGAAGUUUCUGGGCAGAGAGCGGCGCGAGACAACAAAACGGGUCGACCUCCAUUUCGACGUUUCAACAAGUUUUGGAUGCUGACCUUUCAGGCCGACGCUAAGAGCGCCCCCGUCAACCCCAUGAAGGAGCUUCGCAUUGAGAAGCUCGUCAUCAACAUCUCCGUCGGAGAGUCGGGUGACCGUCUUACUCGUGCCGCCAAGGUGCUCGAGCAGCUCACUGGUCAGACCCCCGUCACCUCGAAGGCUCGCUACACCGUCCGUUCGUUCUCGAUCCGUCGUAACGAGAAGAUCGCUGUCCACGUCACCAUCCGCGGCCCCAAGGCCGAGGAGGUCCUUGAGCGCGCCCUCAAGGUCAAGGAGUACGAGCUCCGCCGCCGUAACUUCUCGGAGACCGGCAACUUCGGCUUCGGUAUCGACGAGCACAUCGACCUCGGUAUCAAGUACGACCCCGGAAUCGGUAUCUUCGGUAUGGACUUCUACGUCAUCAUGGGCCGCCCCGGUAUGCGUGUCGCCCGCCGCAAGCAGAAGGUCGGCCGUGUCGGUGCUCCCCACAAGGUCCGCCCCGAGCAGACCGUCUCGUGGUUCAAGCAGCGUUUCGACGGCAUUGUUUCCCGUUAA